GUUCUGGUGGAGGACGGCGUACCCAACGUGGGAGGAGUCGACUUUCCAGAUCUUCCGCCGAUUUGUAAGGCCGGACUCCAUCGUUCUUGAUGUUGGCGGAUGGAUUGGGUCGACGUCCGUUUGGUUGGCUGCCUUAGCUCAAAAGGUCGUCGUCCUGGAGCCAAGUGAUGCAGCCUUCGAGGAACUUGUGCAGAAUGUCGCUCAAAACGCCGACAGGCGCCACCGGAUUUCUCUGCUGCGGGUGGCCUUGGGUGCACGGCGAGGCUUUGUGCAGAUGACGAACAGAGGAGACUCGGCCGAUCAGGUGGGCAUCUUCGAUCGCCGCCAGGCCAUCCUCACGACGGUCUGGGACAUGAGCGAGCUGCUUCUGGCCUUUCCUUCGUUGAACGCGACUUCGUUUAUCAAGAUCGACAUUGAAGGCUCCGAAAGGGAUUUGAUCCCAGCGAUGGCAGAUUUCCUCCGCCGUGUGCGGCCGACCGUAUGGCUGUCCCUGCAUCCAUACGCUCUGACGCCUUUGGAGAUGAGUGCCCUCGUGUCGUCGUUGAAGGACCUGUGCCCCUUUCUGUACGGCCUGCGCUGGAACAGCAGCUGGGCCCUUACAGACUUCCAAGUUACUGGCCGGGUGGUGGAUCGCAUGCCGCAGGUCGCCGACUCUGCCGACGAUGCGCUCUGCCUAUUCGUCCCAGCACCUCGAGAUUUCUUGGCGCCCUAA